CGCGCGAGUCUAGUACUGCGUGAUUUAAAGCACAAUCGGGUUUAUAUAAGGAUAAAGUUAGAUGUACUGUCGUCGCUUGUAUUUGGUGUUUUAAUUGUGUUGGUUUUGGAUUAAAUAUCAAAGUAAUCACGCGAUUAACACAGUACUAGUUUUCUGGGCGUUUGAAAUCGGACACCGCUCUAACGUCUCCCCUCCGCGCGGAGGAAUACACUGUUGGGGCUGACAAUGUGGACGGUGCUAAAAUGUCUCCUCGGAAGAUGAGAUGUUACAUUUGUAGCGCCCAAAAUAAUUAGAAUAGAACUUUAAGCAGAGUUACAUUUGAGCACCGUUACAUCGUAACGCUUGUCGACGCGGACUGUUCGCGUCUGCCGGGAAAUAGGACGCGUUUUGCACCGUGAUUUAGCGGGACCCGAGACACGGAGGGGGGAAAUUUUGUCCCCCAACUUUUCUGUUUUUCCUCUCAGGCUGAAGCGCGUUUCUCUCCCGCUGGAUGCCGCGCGCGUGACGCGAGAAACAGAUCGUAAAGCUGUUUGAGCUGAAAGAAAGACGUCUAUCAAGAGAAGCAGAUCAGGAUGGCGACGGUGGGGACCGACAUGGAGCUCAAUGACCUGUUGGAUUUCAGUAUUAUGUUCCCUCAUCCAAUGUCAAACGGGAAAAGCAGAGGCCCUAAUAUACCCAGCAGUCAGUUCGGUUUAGAUGACAGAAAUGGCUCUGGCUCCUGGGGUUCAGAAGCAAACAGUCCUUCAUUCGGUGCACGGCUGUAUGGAGACGGGCAUCACUAUCCUGAACAUGACAACAUGUACAACUUAGAGAUUGACGGUAAAUCAGAGCGAGGUUACCCCGUCACACAGCCGCAGCUCCUGCCGGGUGAGAUCAACAUCGCAGCUUCAGAUGCUCUUUCUCCUCCGGGAAUGAAAGGCUCUUCUCAGUUUUACAGUCCGCACCGCCGCAGGCCUGCAGAGUCCAGUAUAGAUCCACUGCCCAAAAAGAGGAAGGUUCCUCACGGCCUGCCGACGUCCAUAUCGGCGUAUCCAGGCUCUACCGGUGAGGAUUACAACCAGGACAGCGCCGGAUACCCCGGAUCCAAACCUGGAAACCUUUAUCCAGGCUUUUUUAAUGUGCAAGAGGGACUUCCGGAUCAUUGGGGUCAGUCUGGAUAUUCUCCGGUCAUGAGUAACUUCAUAAACCCACAGAAGCGUCAGCCGCUGCCGGUAUCUCCGCAGAAUUAUCCUCUGCAUGGCAGCGAGGUCAAUUUACCCUCCAGCUUCCACUCGGUUCCUGCAGGUUAUGGCGUUCCCAACCACACACCACCCAUCAGCUCCGGCGACGGCAUCAUGGGAAACAGAGGAGCAAACGCUGGCAGCUCCGGCGCAGAGAUCGGGAAAGCUCUGGCUUCGAUAUAUCCGUCAGACAAUAAUGGCAGCAACUUCUCCUCGACGCCGUCCACUCCUGUCGGCUCUCCUUCUAAUGUGGCCGCCUCUGCAUCUCAGUGGCCCAAAGGCUCUUCUCAGCCUGCGCCAUCGCCUGGUUUUGAAGCGGGACUGCAGGCACAGAGUAAGCUAGAUGACCGUCUGGGUGAAGCGCUGCAUGUGUUGAGGAAUCAUGCGGUGGGCACAGAUAUGCAGAGUUUGCUGAGCGCUGCCAUCUCUGGUCAUUCGGCUGGUGCUGCAGCUCUGGGCUCCCUCAGUCAGGCCUUCGGCCUCGCCAACCGUCUGCCGGGCCUGAUGUCGAAUCACAGUGAAGACGCUGCAGGUUUACCGCAGUCCAGUGCUCUUCUGCAGGGACACCACACUUCCCAUCAGCCUCCACCGUCCUCUCAGUCGGACACCUUCACCAGUCUCACUCUGGCUCGUUCGUCUCACGCCUCCAGCUCAGAUAUAAAGAGAGAAGACAAAGACGAUGAUGAUAAUCUGUCUAUCGCAGAUAAAUCAGAGGAUGAGAAGAAAGAUGGAAAAAGCCGCACGAGAACGAGUCAAGACGAGGACGAAGACGAGGAUGAUGAGGAUCUGCCGGUGGAGGUGAAGGCGGAGCGGGAGCGUGAGCGGCGAAUGGCCAAUAACGCCCGCGAGCGUCUGCGUGUACGCGACAUCAACGAGGCCUUCAAAGAGCUGGGCCGCAUGUGCCAGCUGCACCUGAGCAAUGAGAAACCGCAGACCAAACUGCUGAUCCUGCACCAGGCCGUAAACGUUAUUCUCAACCUGGAGCAGCAAGUGCGAGAGCGUAACCUGAACCCGAAGGCAGCAUGUCUGAAGCGGCGGGAGGAGGAGAAGGUGACGGGUGAAGCGCAGAUGUUGUCUGGUCUGGGUGGAGAUGGACACGCACACAUGUAAACCUGCAGAUGGUGAUGUAAAGAAGCUCUCCGUCGACGUGGCCUUAAUCUUCCUGUUCUUGUUCCAGAGUCACAUUCUUGAUUUAUAUAUUAUAAACAGAUGUGUUGGAGACUCGCAUACACAACGCACACACAAACACACACACACACACACGAUCAUGGACCAGAGGAACAGCACUGACGGAGCCGAGCUGUUGAUGGACAAUUACUGUGUGCUGUUAUAUAGCACAAACACACACACACACACGUUUAUGAGCCUCAGUGUUCAACGCCAGGUCAAGCUCAGCUGCCCGAACACAUUUCCUCCAUUUCUGCAUCAUAUAUUCAACUUCAGCUUUCUUUUCUACCGCUUUGUGUUUAUGAUGUGGAAAGAGGAGAUCUUCAGUUUUCAUACACGAUGCUUUUACUUUGGGGUCGCCACUAUUGCAGGAAUCGCACAAAAAAUGCUCAUAUUUCACCUCUAAAAUCAAUUAUUAGGGAUUAUUCCUCAAGAACAUUUGUUAUUUUGUGUAGCAUUCUGAUAUUUUCAUGACAAAACGCAAUUGCUUCAUAAUUACAAUAAAUAAUUGCUUGAAAAUAUCAGUGUUAUAAAUGCAGAGUUUGUUUUAUAUUCGUAUAUAUUUUUAUGGCAAAACAUUUUGCAUUAAAUUCACAUUUUUAUAUUUCUGAAAGUAAUACAUUUGCAUAACAAUGCAAGAAAAAAAAAUAUUGAAUUGUGCUUUCAAAUCUUUGAGCGUCUUCAUUUGAACACAUUGAGAUAUUUUGAAGAAUGUUGGAAUUCGGUAACCAUUAAAAAAAUACCAGUCAAUAGUUACCGCAUUCUAACAGUCUUCAAAAUAUCUUAGUCAAUGACCCCUAUAGUAGGGGGAAAAUACCAUGAAAGUCAAUGUUACCGCAUUCUAACAUUCUUCAAAAUAUCUUAACCGCUGACUCUUAUAGUAGGAAACAAAUACCAUGGAAGUCAAUAAAAAGAGCUAUAGUGUAUUUUUGUGGCAUUUGUGUCAUUUUAAUGCAACAAAAAUACACAUUUAAAAAUGAUAAUUGCCUGAAAUUUUGAUUUAAACUGUUUUCAAAAAAUAUUAAGCAUUAUGAAUAUUCAUAUUUCAGUUAAAUAACUUAGUUACGGUAUUGUUUUUAUACUGUAUUACUUUAUUUCACAUACAAUAUAUUAAUUUCAAAUACACACUUUUGGUUUUAACAUUCUGAAAUGUCACAAUCCUAAAAGCUAACUCGCAUAAUAGGUUAUUUCAGAUUUGAUGAUUACCAGGACUAUAUCCUACCUCAUUUAUAUUUUUCAUUUUAUUUAAGGUUUAAUUCUGAAUGCAUUCUAAUGCAACAA